CCCGUAUCUGCCAACUUCCAGGCCAGCUGUGUUGUUUGUAUGUUUUUAAAUCGCCUUUAACGCCUUUUCCACCUUCCCAAAUAUAUCACGUUGCAACGAUAUCGCGCCUUGCAGCGUCUUCAAGUUGAGUUCUUUUAUUCCCAUUUUUGCAGGUUGACAGGGAGCGGGUGUUUGGGUGGACACAAACAGCGACGGCCAUAUUGUCCAGUCCAUUGUGUUCCUGGCAAUGUCAGGAGAUCUUGUGCAGAGACUCCGCACCUUCAUCACCGGUGUCAAGCACCUGGACAUCUCUACGGCCGCCUUGCCGCUGCCCAGCCCGACCGUCUCCUACGCCCAAGUGCCCGACUUGUUCCAGGAACCCUACGUCCUGUCGGGCUACCGUCCCGUCCGGCAGAAGUGGCACUGUUACCUCCUCAGCCUCUUCCAGGUACACAACGAAAGUCUCAACGUGUGGACUCACUUGCUGACCGUACCCGUGUUGCUGCUCCACUGGCGGGUCAGAGCGGGCGCCCUGGGGUUCAGCUUGGGCGCAGCGUCCCUGCCCCUGUUCCUGUUCCUGGUGUCCUCGCUGACGUAUUUGCUCCUCAGCGCCGCGGCUCACCUGUUCCAGUCGCACUCUGAGCACGCGCACUACUUCUUCUUCUUCAUGGACUACGUGGGCGUGGCCGUCUAUCAGUACGGCUGUUCCCUCGGACAUUACUUCUACGCGUCCCAGUCGGCGUGGAGGAACAGCUGCCUCGGACGGCUCUUCCUGCCCGGAGCCGCUUUCUUCGGCUGGCUGUCCUGUGCCGGCUGCUGUUUCGCCAAAUGCCGAUACCGCCGACCGUACCCCGUGGGCAGGAAGGUGUGCCAGCUGAUCCCGACCUCGCUGGCGUACGCGCUGGACAUCAGCCCCGUGCUUCACCGCCUGCUCACCGCUUCCUGGGCGGAGGAACCCUCACUGCCCUUCCACGCGAUCCAGAUCGCGUGCUUCCUGCUGUGCGCCGUCUUCUUCACCUGUCCCGUCCCAGAGCGCCUCUUCCCGGGCCGCUGUGACUUUGUGGGCCAGGGGCACCAGAUCUUCCACCUGCUCCUGUCGCUGUGCACGCUGUUCCAGCUGGAGGCUUUGUUCCAGGACUACGUCAGGCGGAAGGACACGCUGGUCGAGGGGUUUGGCGAGAGGCAGCUGUGGUGGGCUUGCGCCGUCUUCCCGGUCCUGUUUCUGUCUUGCGUUUUGACUGCGCUCCUCACCAUGAGGCACAAACACAAGCAACUGCAGGAUAAGAAAGAGAAAUGAACAUGCACACACUUCACUCGUGGGAGGAGCAAUCGCAUUUAUUCAGAGUUGCAUAUGCAUGGGCCUUGGCUAGUGUAUCAGGACUUUGAUUAGUUUCUAUUGCUAAUAACCAAGGUGUCGGUAUCUUUAAUUAUUGGCAGGAGGAGCGAUCGCACUGAUUAUAAAGCACAUCGAGGCUAAAUUCAAGCUUGGGGGGUGUGGAUAACCGUGCUCAUGUCCCCCAAAUACUUUGACUAAUGGAUUAUUUCAGUUCUCACUAUUUAUCGUUGUUAUUAAUAACUGGCAAGAGGAGGGAUUGCACUGAUUAUAAAGCACAUCAAGGCUAAAUUUAAGCCAGUUAGGUGUAGAUCGCAGCACUCAUGUCAGUCAAACAAUUUGACAGGUCAACUUUUUCAGGUCUUGCUAUAUAAUGUUGUUAAUAAUAACUGACAAGAGGAGCGAUCGCACUGAUUAUAAAGCACACCAAGGCUAAAUUCAAACUAGGUGGGUAUGGAUCACAGUGCAUACGUCCGCCAAAUAUACUUUGACUCGUGGGUUAUUUCAAUUCUUAAUAUUUAUCCUUGAUAUAACUAGCAAGAGGAGCGAUCCCACUGAUUAUAAAGCACAUCGGGGCUAAAUUCAAGCUCAGUGGGUGUGGAUCGCAGUGCACAUGUCCCCCGAAUACUUUGACAAAUGGAUUAUUUCAGUUGUCGCUAUUUAUCUUUGUUAUUAAUAACUGGUAAGAGGAGCGAUCAGACUGAUUUAUAAAGCACAUCAAGGCUGAAUUUAAGCUCGGUGGGUGUGGAUCACAGUGCUCACGUCCUCCCCCAAAUAGUUUGACUAAUGGAUCAUUUCAGUUCUCACUAUUUAUCGUUGUUAUUAAUAACUGGCAAGAGAAGCGAUCGCACUUAUUUAUAAAGCACAUCAAGGCUGAAUUCAAUCACGGUGGGUGUGGAUCACAGUGCUCACGUCCUCCCCCAAAUAGUUUGACUAAUGGAUCAUUUCAGUUCUCACUAUUUAUCGUUGUUAUUAAUAACUGGCAAGAGAAGCGAUCGCACUUAUUAUAAAGCACAUCAAGGCUCAAUUCAAGCCCGGUGGGUGUGGGUCACAGCACUCAUGCUAGUCAAACACUUUGACAGGUGGACUUUUUCAGGUAUUGCUAUUUAAUGUUGUUAUUAACAACUGGCAAGAGGAGCGAUCGCACUGAUUAUAAAGCAGAUCAAGUCCAAAUUCAAACAAGGUGGGUAUGGAUCACAGUGCUUACAUUCGGCAAAUACUUUGACUCGCGGGUUAUUUCAGGUCUUACUAUUUAUCUUUGGUAUAACUAGCAAGAGAAGCGAUCGCACUGAUUAUAAAGCACAUCGAGGCUAAAUUCAAGCUUGGGGGGUGUGGAUAACCGUGCUCAUGUCCCCUAAAUACUUUGACUAAUGGAUUAUUUCAGUUCUCACUAUUAAUCGUUGUUAUUAAUAACUGGCAAGAGGAGCAAUCGCACUGAUUAUAAAGCACAUGAGUCUAAAUUAAAGCUCGGUAGGUGUGGAUCACAGCACUCAUGUCAGUCAAACACUUUGACAGGUGGACUUUUUAGGUCUUACUAUUUAUCUUUGGUAUAACUAGCAAGAGGAGCAAUCCCGCUGAAUAUAAAUCGCAUCGGGGCUAAACUCAAGCUUAGUGGGUGAGUAUCACAAUGUUCACAUCCCCCAAAUACUUUGACUAAUGGAUUAUUUCAGUUGUCACUAUUUACCGUUGUUAUUAAUAACUGGCAAGAGGAGCGAUCACACUGAUUUAUAAAGCACAUCAAGGCUGAAUUCAAUCUCGGUGGGUGUAGAUCACAGUGCUCACGUCCUCCCCCAAAUAGUUUGACUAAUGGAUUAUUUCAGUUCUCACUAUUUAUCGUUGUUAUUAAUAACUGGUAAGAGAAGCGAUCGCCCUUAUUAUAAAGCACAUCAAGGCUCAAUUCAAGCCCGGUGGGUGUGGGUCACAGCACUCAUGCUAGUCAAACACUUUGACAGGUGGACUUUUUCAGGUAUUGCUAUUUAAUGUUGUUAUUAACAACUGGCAAGAGGAGCAAUCGCACUGAUUUAUAAAGCAGAUCAAGUCCAAAUUCAAACAAGGUGGGUAUGGAUCACAGUGCUUACAUCCGCCAAAUACUUUGACUCGUGGCUUAUUUCAGGUCUUAUUAUUUAUCUUUGGUAUAACUAGCAAGAGUAGCGAUUGCACUUAUUAUAAAGCACAUGGAGGCUAAAUUCAAGUUCGAUGGGUGUGGAUCACACUGCUCAUGUCCCACAAAUACUUCGACUAAUGGAUUAUUUCAGUUCUCACUAUUUAUCGUUGUUAUUCAUUACUGGCAAGAGGAGCGAUCGCACUGAUUAUAAAGCACAUCAAGGUUCAAUUCAAUCUAAGUGGGUGUGGAUCACAUUGCUCACGCCCCCCAAACACGGGGCGGUAUAGCUCGGUUGGUAGAGCGGCCGUGGCAGCAACCUGAGGGUUGUAGGUUCGAUUCCCGCUUCCGCCAUCCUAGUCACUGCCGUUGUGUCCUUGGGCAAUACACUUUACCCACCUGCUCCCAGUGCCACCCACACUGGUUUAAAUGUAACUUAGAUAUUGGGUUUCACUAUGUAAAGCGCUUUGAGUCACUAAAGAAAAGCGCUAUAUAAAUAUAAUUCACUUCACUUUGACUAAUGUAUUAUUUCAGUUCCCAAUAUUUAUCUUUGUUAUUAAUUACUGGCAAGAGGAGCGAUUGCACUGAUUACAAAGCACAUCAAGGCUAUAUUCAAGCUCGGUGGGUGUGGGUCACAGCACUCAUAUCAGUCAUGUCAGUCAAACACUUUGACAAGUGAACGUUUUCCAGUCUUGCUUGUUAUUAAAAACUGUUAUUAAAACCUGUCAAGAGUAGCGAUCGCACUAAUUGUAAAGCACAUCAAGGCUAAAUUCAAAGUACGUGGGUAUGGAUCACAGUGCUCAUGUCCGCCAAAUACUUUGACACACAGAUUAUUUUAGGUCUUAGUAUUUAUCCUUGGUAUAACUAGCAAGAGGAGCGAUCGCACUGAUUAUAAAGCACACCGAGGUUAAAUUCAAGCUUGGUGGGUGUGAUCACAGUGCUCACGUCUGCCAAAUACUUUGACCAAUGGAUUAUUGCAGUUCUUACUAUUUGUAGUUGUUGUUAUUAAUAACUGGAAAGAGGUGGACUUUUUCACGUCUUAUUAUUUAUUGUUGUUAUCCAAGGUGUUUUGUCAGUGUUAUCAAUAACUCCUAUGAGGAGUGAUCGCACUGAUUAUAAAUAUUGUCUCGGCUCAAAUUCACGUUUUCAAAACCAAACCGGAUGAUUUGAGAUGACAGAUACUUUGACGAGUAAAUUAUUUCAUGUCUUACUAUUUAUUGUUGUUAUCCAAAGUGUUGUGUCAGUGUUAUCAAUAACUGCCACGAGUAACGAUCGCACUGAUUAAAAAUCCUGUCUCGGCUACUCGUAUUUUUUUUUAAAUCAGGCUAGGUGGUUGUGGAUGGCAAAUACUUUGACUAGUGAAUUAUUUUAUGUCUUUCUGUUUAUUGCUAUUAUCAAAUGGUAAUAACAAUUUGCAGGAGGCAUGAAUAAAGAAUGUUUGGUGUGGGUCACAAUGCUCACAUCUGUCAAAUACCUAAAUGGAUUAUUUCAGUUCUUUCUAUUUAUUAUUGUUAUCUAAGAGGAGCGAUCACACUGAUUAUAAAGCUAGCCAAGGCUCAGACCCACCUAUGGGCGUAGAUCGCAGCAUUCCAGUUAGUCAAACACGUUGACUUGUGGAUUAUGUCAGAUCUUUCUAUUUGUUAUUAUCCAAGGUAAUAAUAAUAACUACCAGGGGGAGCAAUUGCACUGUUUAUAAAGCACAUAAAGGCUAAAAUCUAGCAGGGUGGGAUCACAGCACUCAUGUCGGUCAAAUACUUUCAAUAAUAGGUUUUUCUAUUGUUUUUAUCCAGGGUGUCAGUAUUAUUGAUAACCAGUAAGAGGAGGAGGAGCAAUCACACUGAUCAUAAAGCUUGCCAUGGCUCGGACCCACCUUUUGUUUAAAAUCAAGCUGGGUAAGGCAGCGGGCCUUGGCUCUUCAGCAUUCAAACAAAUUUUUUACGGAAAUAUUCUAAAAUCUUUAUGUUGUCCUGGUUUUGAUGAGGAAAACAACCAAAAACCACCCCUGCAUCCUUUAAUUUAUCAGUCUGUGGCUCUCAGUGGAAAACAUUUUGGGGAUCCCUGCCGUCACUGCAAAACUGUCAGUGAUCAGAUGAAUAAUGUGUCAGCACAAAAACGAGUGAGGAGACUCCGACUGGUGGUAUCGCAGGAAUAAAAUAUUGUAUCUGUCAGGCUUGGACUUGGUCUUGGUUUGUUUACCCGAGGUGCAAAGCGAAUGGAGUGGAAACGGCGUGAAGGUAAAGACAUCUUUAUUUUAACACUAAAACUAAAAACAGGAACCAACAAAAAGCGCGCACAAUGGCGGUACAAAAAACUGGGCCAUGAAACAAAAGACUAGCACAAAGGCUAUAAACUACAAACAUGAAACAAAAACACUUGCACAGUGGCAUGAAUAACAAAAACUUACGUGGACAAAAUGGACAGCAUUGCAAGGCAUGAAGCAGAUAAUCGAGGGCAUGAAUGAGGUGAUGUUGCCAGACUGACUACCUGGUAACUGGCUUAAAUAAUGAACAUGAUAAGUGAAAACAGGUGUGAGACAAGACAGGUGAACUGAUUGGUCGUCAUGGUAACGAAACAGGGAGUGAAAAAAAAAGGAACUUAGAGUCCAAAGGUCAAAAGCACCUGGUAUUCCUAGGCAGUCUCCCAUCCAAGUACUAACCAGGCCAGACACUGCUUAGCUUUGAGAACAGAUGAGAUUGGGGAUGCUCAUGGAAAUAUGGCCAUACAAAACUCAUGAUACGUGACAGAAAACUAAAUCAGUUCGCAUGGUAAGACAAACAAGGAAAUGCAAAACAGAACUAAAUGUCCAAAAAACUAAACAUAGCAUGACCAAAACAAAACAUGAACCAUAAGCGUGACAGUAUCCAUAUGUACAGUAUAUCCUGAACGAACUUUUGAUCAAAAUGUUACCAAGUUUUGUACAAAUAAAUGACAUGCAUUCAAUUAAAACAUCUAAAAACUUUUCUGGAUGAA